UAGAUAAACAAACUUUCUAUCAUUAUUUUGUGGUUUUAAUUGCAAUGGGAUUUGAAAAUCCUAAUGAAUUGGUUUAUUAAUUGCUUCAUGGUGUAUAUUUACAUACAGUAAAUAUUGGGCAUAUCUUACUUUUCUUUUAAGGUCAAAGUUAAAAUAUUAAAAGUUUAACAAUAGUUUAGAAGGAGGAAAUAAAUUUCGAAAUGAUUUCAGUACCAUUGUGGGCAAGUGUCCUACAAAACCAUUCAUUGGCAUCCAAAUGUUAGACACUGAAGAUGCAAGUUAACGCUUUUAAAAUCAGAUAAAUUGCUGUAGUGACAAAAAAUGGAUAGAAAACAACCUUCAAAGAAUGUGAAAAGCAAGAAAAUCGACUUGAAACUAAAUGAACAACGAUCGCAGAAGGACAAACCAGGAAGAUUAUCAACGCAAAUAAAAGGUACCAAACAGAAACAACACAAAGCAAGUAAAGAAAAUAAUGUGAAAUCAUCAAACCAGGGGAAGCAUGUUAUUGUUGGCCAAAAUAUUUUGGAUGUAGCUACCCUGUUGUUUGUCAUUGAUUCAUGUGGCAAUGAAUAUGGUGACCUGGUUAACAAACUCAGAGGCUAUUUGGAUGCACCUCAAAGAUUGAGCUCAGCUGAAGGCAUGGGUUUACCCAGAAUCAAUCCCUUUCAGCUCAAAGAAAAUGGCCAUGAAGAUAACAUGAGACUUGAAACUGAAUCUCAAAGCAGCUUAUCGUUUCAACCAAAUUCUGAGGCUGGAAAAAACAAGUUUGAGCUGCUAAUUAAUAAAUUCCAGGAGAUUGUAGAAAAGAUUACACCACUGCUCUGUGAUCUGAAAGAUACCUUCAGAGGAUUUCCAGAUAUCCUUAAAGCAAGGCUGCAAGAGAUACAGGCUGACCUCAAGCAUGGUGUACAAACAUGUACAGAUGAUGACAAGAAUCGAGAUAUUGAAGAAGUUCGUAAGACGAUUAAAAAUCUUUACGAAGACCUUUGGAACCCCAUGAGUACAUUCUCUGAAGAGGUACAUCAUUUACUGAGAGAGUUGGACAAAGAUGAGACCAAAAAAAUACUAGCAAGCCAGAAGAAAGCAAUGCAAAACCUGCAACAACAACAGCUACCAAAACUAAAUCACAGGGUACAAUCGAUGAGAGAAAUCAGGCCCCGAAUAACAGAACACCGCCGCCAAAGAUCAGCAGAAAAUACAAAUCAACGUGUUAAGUCUGCUGCAUUGAAGCCUAUAACACUAGAAAUAGGAAAAAUAGGAAUCCAGGAACAAUCUCAGAAUUUAGCAUACAGCCGAAUGUCUUCAUGGGGACACAAUGCAUCAAGUUACUAUACAUAAAAUUUGACUUCCAGGAUAAGAUGUACUCAAAAUUAUGCACAAGUCAUCAAACUUCAGGGUUAGCAUGAUGCUGCCAAUGUUUGUAACUUCCAAUUAAGAAAUCAAGAACUUGGGACCAGUCACUUUAUUGGAGUUGAAUAGCUUUAGGGAUGAUGAUUGUCUUCCUAUUGCAGGGACCUGGGUAUCAGGAUUUUUUCUCACAACCCAAAACUUUAAUUUCUGAGCAUCAUAUUGAGACUUAUUUUAUGUACUGCACAUUGGGUAUUGUCUUGUAAAGGGAUUGUUGCUUUAAUUUUUUUAGAAAGUAAGUAAAUUGCUGUUUUGUGUCAUAGUUCUUGUGUCUUUGGGUAAGGUACUUUUAGAUGGCUUCAUGGGGUUUUUCCUUCUUAUCUUGGUGGCAAGUAUAUUUUUAAUAGCUCCUGUGGAGCAAACUUGACAAGGACUCAAUGGCAUCCACCUUGACAAGAUGGGACCAUCAGGGGAGUACUAAAUCAAAUUUCAGGAAUCCAUUUAGGUCUUGUCUAGACUAUAACAUUUUUUUUGGCAAAACAUAGGACAUGCCUAAAUAUGGUCAUGAUCAAUUCAUGAACUUCAUAUAGGUAUAUCAUGACAUCUUAUGGGUAUUCAGCAGUUUUUUGUCAAAAGAAAACUGAAUAAUGUGGACAAAGUUCAUUAUAGACAAAGAGAACAAGGUAAUAUAAUAUCAACAUUUUUAUCUUUUUGUUGGUAUUUUUCCAUGUACUACUACUAUUUUUCAUUCAAUUUAUUAUUUGACUUGUGAAUAAGUUGACUAUGAUAAGUAAACCAAUAUUUUGAUUAUUUCAAUCUUAUGACAAAUCAUCUUCAGACAAUGUUUAGUAAACCAAUAUUUUACAUACUGUGACUAUUUUAAGUCAGACGACAAUUGAUCGCAUACGUACAAAUUGAUUCAGACGUACUGUAAUAAGCCGGGCAUUCGCUGCAUCGUACCAAGGUUGUACGGUGAAUCCACCUCCACACUGUGAGCACUAGACAAAGUGAGGCUGUCUGUGAUUGUCAUUGGAAGUCUGAACAGACAGAUCGUCAUUAAGAAUUAUCUGUUUUUCGCAAGCGCAUUGACGUUAUGUUCUCAAUAGAAUCGCGUCAGGCACAGUUAGUGUCUGGCUUUAGUUUUCUAUUAUUGGGUUUUGGGGAAUUCAUGUUUUGCUCCAUUCUGUAGUGUUUUUUUUUUUUUAUCAUUUUAAUUUGAUGAUGCUGUGUUGGCCAGAAUACAUUACAGAUCUUUUGUUUUUGUUUUGUUUUGUUGUAUUAACCACUAAAUAAACAAUAUGCAGAGACUGUCGAGUACAAA